CUCGCUCUCUCUUCAAUAAAUAAUAGUAACACCAAUUGAUAAAGAAACCCAGAGAUAACAUCAAACCCCAAAAAAAUUCCACAAACCUUUGUUUUGUCUCACUUCCUCCACAAUGUCUUGGAUUCACUCUGUUUUGUUCCUUCUUCUAACUUGCCGGUGGUGCGUCGUCACUGGAGAAUCAUCUCCCGAGGUUACUGAUGAUGGAGCUCCCAUGGAGAAAACAGAACGAGAAGCUCUUUACUCAGCUAUUCAAGGAUUCGUUGGUGAUUCUUGGAAUGGCUCUGAUCUUUAUCCUGACCCUUGUGGUUGGACUCCUAUUCAGGGUGUUUCUUGUGAUCUCUAUGGUGACUUGUGGUAUGUCACGGAUCUAACCUUAGGUAUUGUUCACGAAAACUCGCUUCCUUGCGUCACAAGUUUGGAGAUAAAGCCACAGUUGUUCAAGCUCAAGCACUUGAAAUCUCUCACAUUCUUCAACUGCUUCACCGCGGAGAUAACAAUAGCUAAAGAGGAUUGGAUAAACUUGGGAAGUAGCUUAGAGUCUCUCGAGUUCAGAUCCAAUCCUGGUUUGAAUGGUGAACUUCCUGAAACAAUUGGUAGUCUCACGAAGCUGAAGUCUUUGGUGGUUCUUGAAAACGGGUUUAACGGGAAAGUACCGGCGAGUCUCUGCAAUCUAACGAUGUUACAACGGCUGGUUCUUGCGGGUAACUUGUUCAAUGGAACGAUACCGGAUUGUUUCAAUGGGUUUAAAGAUCUACUGAUCUUGGAUAUGAGUCGAAACUUAUUCUCAGGGACGUUGCCUUUGUCUAUUGGAGAGAUGGUUUCAUUGCUUAAGCUUGACCUAAGUAACAACCAGUUAGAAGGGAAGGUGCCUCAAGAAAUCGGGUUUUUGAAGAAUCUGACACUUUUGGAUCUGAGGAACAAUAGAAUCUCUGGAGGGUUGUUCGAAAACGUUUUCAAGAUUCGAUCUUUAACCGAUCUUGUUCUAUCAGGGAACCCAAUGGGUAGUGAUGACGAUGACAUGAUGGGACUAAAGUGGGAGGAUAUGGGCAGCUUAGUCAUUUUGGAUCUGUCAAAGAUGGGUUUAAGAGGUGAGAUUCCUUCUGGUUUAGCAAGUUUGAAAAGAUUGAGGUUUCUUGGUCUGAACGACAACAACUUGACCGGUACAGUCCCAUCAAAAGAGCUCGAGACUCUGCCUUGUCUCGGUGCUCUGUACAUUAACGGAAACAAUCUAACGGGAGAGCUUGGUUUCUCAAGAAACUUCUAUGAGAAGAUGGGGACAAGAUUUAAGGCUUCAAAGAAUCCAAAUCUUUGUCUGCGUAUCGUGUCAGAAUCUCAUCAGCAAUGUGUUGGAUUGAAGCCUUGCAUGAUGGAGAAGACAGAGGGUGGUUUGGUAAUUAAACAAACGUGGAGCAACCUUAAGAAGGAUGACGAUGAGUCAAGUUCAUCAACGGGUGUGAUGGUUACUAGACAUGUGUUGUCAAAUGGGUUCAUAUGGGAUUUGCUGCUUUUGGAGCUUUCUCUUGUUCUUGUCUUAUAUUAUUAUUAUUGAUAUAAUUUUAUUUUAUUUUGGUUAGUUUGUUAACUUUUUGUAUGAUGGUUAAUAGUGUCGAUGUGUUGGUUGAUAGAUUUUGAUGUCGGUGUUUGCUUAAUUAAGAGAAGAAAAUCAAAUCCUUCUUGGAUGUAACAAGUCUGAUUUCUUCUCCAUCUGUCUUAACCUAAUUUUUUUGUAUAUUUCUUCUUACUCUAUUCUCUAUCUCCGCCUGUUAUCCGUAGCGCCGGCGAGAAAACAUAUAAAAAGCUUACUCUUUCAUGGAUGGGUGAUGAAAACUUCGCGGAGCACUCUCCUCCCACUAGAUCCUCUGGAGCAACCAAAUUUUUCAGAUCUGCAGAAAGUAUCCUCUUCAUCUUAUUAUCAGGUCGUGCUCCUCUCUGUCUCACUCCACCGGAGUUAUUUUCCGGUGAGAUUUUUUAUCCUUUCCGUCGGUUGAAUUUAUCACCGGCGAGGCUUUCUUCUGACGACGUUUUAUGCCUCACCUCCGGCCAUGUUCUACCGCCGUAUUCCGCCUCACCUCCGACCAUGUUUUACCGCCGGCUUAUCUGCCACCAUCACGCACCUCCUUAUGGGGUGUUAUUUCUCCAUCAGUCCCAACAACCGCUUCCCCUUUUGGAUCCAGAUUGGUGGCAAUGUACUGGAUCUAGCGCCUCCGUCUCCCAUCCUCUGCAACCACUACAUGUCGGCGUUCCAGAUGGGUUUCGGGUAUUGUGCCACUUAUGGACUGUGCAGAUAUUGGAUCAUAUUGAGUGAUGGGCCUAUUGUAUCGAAAGUCCAUGUUUUUAUGUAUCCACAGUGUCCAUUUACAUUAUUUUCUUGUAGUUAUUGGAUGUGGUCACCUCAACUGAUGAGAGAUUACUAUUAUUAA